AAAACAAAAAAAAACUACUCGUUUGUGAACAGGAAGGGUUGUGAUGUAACUAGGAGUAAUAAAUAACCAGCUAGCGUUGGGGACUUGGGGGAGUUUGGUUUGCACACUCUCAACUCCGGCAGAGAGUGUUUUCAUUGACUUUCACCGCCGUAUCACUCCGGAAAAUGGGUUCGGAUCAGAAAGUUCAUCACUUUGAAGAAGUCGCCAAGCACAACAAGACCAAAGAUUGCUGGCUUAUCAUCCAUGGAAAGGUAUAUGAUGUGACUCCAUUCAUGGAAGAUCAUCCUGGAGGUGACGAGGUUUUGCUUUCAGCAACUGGGAAGGACGCAAGUAAUGACUUUGAGGAUGUGGGGCACAGCGACGAUGCCAGAGGCAUGUUGGAUAAGUAUUACAUUGGGGAGAUAGACGCGAGCACGGUCCCGGCAAAGCGCGUCUACACGGGCCCACGCCCACAGUCCCAGGAGGAUAGCUCCGACAAGAGCCCGGAUUUGGUGAUCAAGGUUUUGCAGUUCCUCGUGCCCCUCUUGAUUUUGGGACUGGCUUUUCUAGUCAGACACUACACCAAGGAGAAGAAGUGAAAGAUGGAUGGAUGGGUUUGCUUGGCUUUGUUUGUUGUAUUGUCGGAGUAAUAAUAAUGAUAAUGAUAAUAAACAAGAAACUUAAUUUAAUUAUGAUGUUUGAGUGGGGAGGGUUUUCUCUUCCCAUGUUUCUCCUUUGUCGGAGUUUUUUCUUUUUUAUAGUUUGGCCGUGAUUUGCAGUUCAUUUGUUAAGACAUUUUAUUGUCUUCCUUUAUGAGCAGUUUAUUUAUAAACACUCUUCUAUCUGUACUAUUUAGGAAUAAUGUCUUAAAAAUUGUGUGUUCAAAAGCUAAACGUAACAUUUUGUUUUUCAAAUGUCAAAAAAACACGGAAGUAUUUG